AUGUCUCUCACACUUCCUUUUGCCGUUCCUUCUGCGACUCCGGCCUUGCGGGCAUCGGAGGAAUGCAGUUCCUGUCAUCAGCAGGGCACUCGCCUUGUGUCUGGUAGGACGAAUGGCCACUGGUGGUUGGGAAUGUCACUUGGAGGGCUUGUGACCGGCCUCGCGUCGAGAAGCAGGAAGUCUUUGCACGCCAAGGCGGCACGCUCAACCAGGCCGGCCGCAUCAGGGUGCUUGGUGCAAGGGCCUCCAGUCAGCUCAUGGAGAGAACUCAAUUGUAAAAUGCAAGCUGUUCCGGCAGAGAAGCCAGACAGAACGACGCUUUUCACGAAAGCUGGGCCAGAUGGAGUAUCACUGGGCGACUGCCCCUUCUCACACUCCGUGCAGAUGGCCCUGAAGCUGAAAGGUGUUGACUACGACGUAGUGCCUUGCACGGAGGCAACAAAGCCUGCGUGGCUGAUGAGUGAAGUUGGCGGCCAGAUGCCCUGCGUAGUCCACCAGGGAGUGGCCCAUGUCGACACCAAGCAGAUUCUUGGAUGGAUUGAACAGCAGUUCCCAGGCCCUUCCCUUGCAGUGGACGAGGAGUUUGUGAGCGUGGUAGACAGGUCGCAGUUCUGGCCGGCUCUGGCAGCAUUCACGAAGAACACAGACAGCAGCAAGGACGAGGGGCUGAAGCUUGAGCUGCAGAUGGCCCUGACGCGACUGAGGGGCCACCUGUACUCAACCGGUUCUAGGUUUCUGGCCGGAGACACACCGUCCCUGUUGGACUGCGACCUACUGCCCAAGCUCUAUGUAUUUCAACAUGCAACGAAGCACUUCAAAGACUACAACCUGGAUGAGUUCUUGAAGGGAGAUGAUGUCCGGAUGUACUACGAGCGUGCCUCUGCUCUACCGCCCUUUGCGAACAGCUGCUAUCCACCGGAUGUAUGCAUCUGGGGCUGGCAGCAGGCGCGAGGAUGA